GCAAAGAUGGAACUGAAUUUGCGUCGAAAAUAAGUACGGGAAAAGCCCAACGCAGUAGAAAACCUCGGAAGCAAGAUAAGGCUGUUUCACGUCCUCGUCCUCAUUUCACGUCCCCUACCAUUGUGUCCGUAUAACGUAGCCGUAAGGUGACCUACGUCAUUAUAUAACAUUUACACGUUAGGAUCGUGCUUAUCGCCAGCUUACUGAAUAUAGAACGUUAAAAGCCUGUUUAGCCACUCUACUCUUCUACUCGUUCAUUCGCAGGGCCAAUACGAGGUGUACUGCCAGGAGAUGACGAGAUGUACCACCUGAUCGUCGGACAUGGCGAAGUACCAGUGCCGCUGUACACCGUGGUCGCUCUGCCCGCCGUCGGCACAUCGCCACCCACCACAGGUAGCAAGACCGAUGACAGUCACAGCGCCACUGACGAUUACCUGGAAUUAAGCCUGCUGUCGUGGUGCUUCCUGAUCCUGAUCUCAGGCAUCAUCGCCUUCGCGACAACGCUGUUUGUUUUCGUUUUCCUCGAUUCGGGCAAAACGGACACCACGACUGCGCUCGAAGCACAGCAAGGCUUAUCAUAUGGCUCCUGGACAACAUCACCACGAGGCCCAUAUAUAUACAACUGGGUUACGGCUGCACCCAAUGCUUCAGCCACGAUUUGAACAUCGUUAUUUUUUUAAUUGUUUCGCAUUUUUACAUGCG